AUCUACCAUCUAUCACCACCGACCUGCUUCUUCAAAGCCUCACUUCGAGAACCCAAAGUAAAUCACCAAGCCAACCUACCAAACCAACAAAACCCAACCCGUCAAAAUGGUCAAGGCCGUCGCCGUACUCCGCUCCGACCCCAACGCCACCGUCCAGGUGAGCGGCAGCGUCACCUUCGAGCAGGACUCUGAGUCUGCUCCCACCAAGGUGACGUGGAACUUCAGCGGCAACGACGCCAACGCCAAGCGUGCCUUCCACAUCCACACCUUUGGCGACAACACCAACGGCUGCACCUCUGCCGGCCCCCACUUCAACCCCCACAACAAGGAGCACGGCGCCCCUGGCGACGAGAACCGCCACGUGGGUGACCUCGGCAACUUCGAGACGGACGCGCAGGGCAACUCCAGCGGCACCGUCGAGGACAAGCUCAUCAAGCUGAUCGGCCCGGAGAGCGUCAUCGGCCGUACCGUUGUCGUCCACGCCGGCACCGACGACCUCGGCCAGGGCGGCCAUGCCGAGAGCAAGAAGACUGGCAACGCCGGCGGCCGCCCGGCCUGCGGUGUCAUUGGUAUCUGCGCUUAAAAUGGAAAGAUGAGAUACAAUAGCGAGGAUAUGAUAUGGUGUGGGCUUGGGCAGCACACAAGCCGAGGACUGCUGUUGAAUACCACCUACCUUGGGUACUUGCGGUCCUGGCAGGUCUAGAUCAGUGAUGGUCUGCAGACAGUUAUGAUCCGGACAAUGCCAUAGGUCCUGAAGCGUCCAAUGGAGCUGUUUCCGGCUUUAACUCGAGUGCUUUUAUGAUGAGCUUCACCCCUGAUGUAGGUGUGAGCAGAUUUCUCGCGUGAGAUGUGAAUUGUUGAAUGUAACAUGUUUGAAUAAGUAAGUGCCUUUGGAUCUCACUUAGCGCGAAGAAUGGAACAAUCAAGACAAGGAACAAUCGAGCUGCUACGAAAUGGAAGUAUGCGAGGCUAAGUCGCUGUGGCGCCCCCAAAAAGUCUGCAGUUCAGAUAACGUCAUUGGAAUCCGCCUUGUCAAUUCAUCCUGUUGGUUGCC